CCCCUUGGAUUUUGUAGGUAAUAUUAAUUAGAUGUACUAAUGCUAAACACAAUGGCAGACUGUAUGGAAAACAAAACGAAAAUGACAAUUAUAGGACUUACUAUUUUUGCAUGGAUAAAAUCCGGAGUGAAGCGUUUACAGCACGGUCGUAGAACCUCAUAAAACCUAACAGCUUUUUGAUGCUCUACGUCAACAACAAACAGUAGGGGCGUUUAUGGCAUUUAAUAGUUUGUUAAACCAUUUACAACCACAUUUGCCAUUACACCUGAGCUGCAGGUCCAUUCCAACAUCCUCAUAUAUCUGUAAAUAUAUUUAUAUAAAUACAAUUAUCAGAAUAUUAAAUAUUACCCCCUCGCUUAUUUUCGAUGCGCGCGCCUUGGUCGCUGCAGAAGAUUUUGUAAGUUUAAGGGUUCUUUUAAGGUUUAAAUGAUGUCUUUAAACGGAUGCCAAUUAAAUCGUGUACCUUUUAAAACUGGCCAUCUCGACCCUGACAUUUAAAAAAAGGAGACUAGACCUCGUUAGAUAUUUGGAAAUGACCGGGUAAAUAUGCAUCACUUUAGGUUGUCUGUGAUGAACAUGCAAAAAUCAAUCUUUCAAACAGGUUUGGAGUGGAGAAGUUGAGUGGGGGAGGGACAGAGGCUAUGCACUUGAUCUGAUGCAAAGCGGCAGAUUUCUCAUUAACUUACCCGCUUGAACAUAUUAAUGUGCAUUUUCUCCCCUCCUCUCUCUCCCUUGCCCCCCUUCCCUCGCGCUCUCUCCCUCUCAGCUCUCUCCCUCUCGCUUUCUCUUGUUCUCUCUUUUUCAUUUUCUCACUACCUUCAUAUCAGAAUCGCGCAGAGCGGUGUCCGUGUAGGGAUGCGAGAAGCCAAUGCAACGAGGAUCCGAUAGAAGAUGCAAAUGAUUGUGAAAACACAGUGCAAAAUAUGAAACUUCUCAUUUGCAGCCGAGUAAAUAAUAUGAAAACUGGUUGGGAACUGGCACCCUUCACUGGAAUUGUGAUGCUGGAACUCUGCAGUGGGAACAUGCCUAAGGAAGCUCUAGCUAAGUUGUUUUAACAAAGGUAUACAAACGUAAACCGUUCAGUUUUUUGAAAUCAAGGCUUGGCUGCUGCAUUGCUUUUUACCUCAGUAACUGUGAAACUGACAACUCUCUGAAGAUUCUGCGCUGAUAUAAAGACAUUCAAACGCAAACUCUUCAACAAAAUCAGCACCAACAACAACAUCAAAAGAUGAGCUCAUAUUUCGUCAACUCUCUUUUCACUAAAUACAAAAGUGGAGACACUCUGCGGCCAAAUUAUUACGAGUGCGGAUUUGCUCAGGACCUAGGGACGAGACCCACCGUCGUGUACGGUCCAGGCACCGGGGCCACUUUCCAGCAUGCCCCUCAGAUUCAGGAGUUUUAUCACCACGGCGCAUCCACGCUCUCCGCGGCUCCUUACCAGCAGAGUCCAUGCGCAGUAACUUGUCACGGCGAGCCGGGUAACUUCUACGGUUAUGAUGCUCUCCAGAGGCAAACGCUUUUCGGUGCUCAAGACCCCGACUUGGUUCAGUAUAGCGACUGCAAGCUCGCCACGGGGGGCAUCGGCGACGAGACGGACAACACAGAGCAGAGUCCGUCGCCCACACAGCUGUUCCCCUGGAUGCGACCUCAAGUAGCUGCCGGACGGAGGCGAGGCCGCCAGACCUACAGCCGCUAUCAGACGCUGGAGCUCGAGAAAGAGUUUCUAUUCAAUCCCUACCUGACACGCAAGCGACGGAUUGAGGUAUCACACGCUUUGGGACUGACAGAGCGACAGGUCAAAAUCUGGUUUCAAAACCGUCGCAUGAAAUGGAAAAAAGAAAACAACAAGGACAAGUUUCCAAGCAGCAAGUCUGAACAAGAGCAGAUCGAAAAAGAGAAACGGGAGAAAGAACAGGCAUCCGGGACACAGCCAGCCGGCGAAGACUGCGACAAGGCAAAACAAAUGUAAAGCGGAUGCGUGCGUGUGUGUGUGUGUGUGUGAGAGAGUGUGUGUUAUUGUGUGUACGUGUGUCAGUCAAUCAAAACGGCAAAGAAUAAAUAGGGAAAAUAAAACAGGACAAUGUCGAAGAGAAUAAAGGUGUUUGCAUGGGAGGUUUGUCUCACAGAGACAAUUAUUCAAGUCGAGUGGUUACAUCUUUCACUCGAGGAAGGAACAGGAAAAAAAAUGAAUGGGACUAGACGAAUACACUUAAUGUGUUGACCACAGAACUUCAGGAAGACGAAGGACAAGAGGCAUUUCUACUUUUUAACUGUUGUUCAGAGAGUAUGAUAGUGUUAAAGCUAGUCUCCUUUCUUUGUGAAAUAAUUAUCGUGAAACUUAAGUUUCUAUUGUUAGGAUAUUGUCAUUAACAAUUACCUUGGCAGCUGUAUAGUUUUUAAGUUCAAUGGUGCACUUUUAACUGUUCCCACUUAUAUGUUAUGAUGAUGACGUAGAAAUGAAUGACUUCCAACAACAUGAAACUGCCUAUUUAUGCCGUAGAAUCUCUUUUUACACGUCUUUGGUUCUUCUUAAAUCGAUGGUAUUUUUGUUGUCUUCUUUUCAUGGGGUAAGCAUGCGCACAGUGGAUUAUAAAAAUGAAUAAAUGUAAUAAAAAAGAACUUUGAAAAUUA